CAACAUUUGUAACGAACCAGAUUGAAAAUAGCCAGCGUGUAGAUUUUUUAAGCGGAGUGAGGAGGGGAGCUGUUUGCUUGUACACGUUAGCGGUUUUUAUGAAAUGUCAUUCGGAGAAAAACGUUUUAUUUUUUACUGAAUUACAGAAGCUCUAAAAAACUGUCGUUAGCCAUUUGUAUGAGUUUGCAAGCUAACAACAGAGAGCCUGGUAUCACAAUCUAGCUGAAACGGAAAUGUAGCAUGCUAGCUAUCCAAAAUGAAAUUAAUCACUAGCUAGCUGCGUUAGGUAGCCAGCUAGUAAACCAGCUAUGUUUGUGUCAAGAUAACGUUAAAAGCCAAAAGGUUUUUGUUUUCCAGAUAAGGACAGUAGAAGGAAUGGGUAAAUGUGCAUUUUAAAAGGAACAGAACAUGAAUAUUGAGAUGGAGAAAUCUAGAUGUAAAAUCACAGCUAAAACAACGUUUUCUUAGACAUUAGAAUAGCGUCAAAAUCCCAUUCCUUAUUUUUAAAGAGCUUGUUACUUGGCUAGUGUGCUGAAGUUCACUGAAGGCAGUUGGGAAGAUGAUGUAUUCUUCCCGAAGGAAACCGGUCCUGUACUUUAAAGAGGACAGAAGAUUUCUGUCCUGGAAAUGCAGCAUAUUGAAGCUCUUUGGCCUGUGCCUGGUGCUCGUCUUGGUGCCACUGCUGUGGCUGCAGCUCAGCUGCUCUGGGGACAUGAACCGGGCUACAGUGGAGGACAGCCACCUGCCUCAUCAGCCCUGUUCACUGGACAGAGAGGCGCUCGUAGCCGACAGCCCCUCAUGGGGUCCACAUAAGAUGGCCCUCCUCAUCCCUUUCCGGGAGCGCUUUGAAGAGCUGCUGGUCUUUGUUCCUUAUAUGCACGCCUUUCUGAACAAGAAGAAAAUUCGGCACAAAAUAUUUGUUAUUAACCAAGUGGAUCACUUUCGGUUCAACCGAGCCUCUCUCAUAAACGUGGGUUUUGAGGAAAGUGGAAACGACACAGAUUACAUCGCUAUGCACGACGUGGACCUGCUGCCUCUAAACGAAGCACUGGACUAUGGAUUCCCAGACCAGGGGCCCUUUCAUAUAGCCUCCCCUGAGCUGCACCCGCUCUACCACUAUAAGACCUACGUGGGAGGAAUACUGCUCCUUACCAAACGGCACUAUCAGAUGUGCAAUGGUAUGUCCAAUCGUUUCUGGGGUUGGGGAAGAGAGGAUGACGAGUUCUACCGGAGACUGAGAAAGGCAGGAUUAGAGCUUUUCCGGCCUGUUGGAAUUACCACAGGUUACAAAACCUUCCGACACAUCCAUGAUCCUGCCUGGAGGAAAAGAGACCAGAAGAGAAUAGCUUCACAGAAGCAGGAGCAGUUCAAGGUGGACGCUGAGGGCGGGUUGACAAACCUUCGCUACAAAGUGGAGUCACGGCAGGAUCUGACCAUUAGCGGCGCUCCAUGCACCAUCGUCAGUGUUAAACUAGAGUGUGACCAGAACCAGACUCCUUGGUGCCUGCUAAAUUAGUGCCUGUCACAUGGACCAGACAGACAGAGAGGAUGACAGGUGACAGGCGGUGGGUCGAAGAGGGGUGGGUGGCCAGACCCUGGGUUCACCUUCUGGCUGUGCCAGGGUGCCUGCUAUCCCACAAUGCACAAAGCCCUGCAGGGAAAAAGAAAUACCUCUUAAUCGCGCGACCACACGCGUAAUGUACGGGACACAGGGAAACAGCCGGGCAUAUAUGGCCAAUAUAUGGCCACUGUGGUAGAAGCAUAAUUUAUGAUGAACUAGUAUUCCCCAUUACUUUAUCUUAGCUGCCUGAACCGCUGUCACAAAAAAGCACUGUCUCACGGACUAAGUUUCAGCUGCUUUUCAGAAAAGGUCAUAAAACUGAGCCUUGUUUUAGAAACUAAUUACAGGCUGCACUUGCUGUCAUUUAUUUUAUUUUUUUAUUUUUAUUUUAAGUUUUUUUUUUUUUUUUUUUUUUAAAGUAAUUUAUAUUGCAUCUGAGCGUUGACACAUUUGGAGUAAAUUUGCCAUGGUACAAUAAGGCAACAUAGAAUAAGGAAAUAUUAAAAAGUACUGCGCAAAUUUAAGUAAUUAUUUCUGUGUACAUCAGUCAGUAUUAUUGUUUCCUUGUGAGGUCUGUAAAUCAUGUAUUACAAGAAUGUUCUUUCCUUGAAAAGCACUGGAAACAAUACCUUUUCAGAAUGGGAAGAUGGAUGCUUGACUGGGAGGGCCUUCAUGUUAUUGCUGUCCUCGGUUGAUACAGGACUUCCGGUUCUGUUUCAUUUUGUGGCCGUUGAACGCUUUAUUUUGCUUUUUUUGUGGCAUGAUUGAAACAGAAGAGCAGCAGGAGCAUUUUUACAUGAUACAGUUAUAAAUACGCAUCUCUUUUAUUGUGUUCGUAGUCUGUAAACACAACCUGUGUUUAACCUGUUGACUUUCUUAAGACAAUGGUGAGUAAAAGGUACUAUAUGUGUGUUUUCACAGUAUUUAUAUAAAGCUCAGAUUCAGAGA